AUGCGCUCCCGAGCACAGCGUCAUGGCGGCCACAGCUCAGACAGCGAGACGAGCGAUGUCUCGUUCCAGAUGGACAGCGACCCAGCCGCCAUCAACUCCGCGACCGAUCUCUCGGAUAUAGACGUCCCCCAAGCACCAAAUCGAGACACUAAAGCGCCGCGUGGUAGUCGACGUCAACGCCGGCGUGGCCGAGCGUGCGUCACCCAGCUCACUGGUCCUAUCCGUCCUACUGCCUCGGCUACCGCGCAACCACGAGUUUCUGGCUCGGCCCCGACGAAAGUUGGUCGGAUCAACGCAGAUUCAGAUCGGAAUGCGGCCUUUCGGCUUGAUGAAAAGGACUUCAACGAGUCGAGCGAUGACGAGGGCUCGGACUCCGACUCUGAUCCCGACGUCGAGACCGAUCGCGAGUCCUCGGAUGAUGAAGAAGAUGACGGUUACGCAGAGUCUACAAAGGAGCAGAGAGAGAAAUUGCGUUCACGAUGGGAACGAUUCUGUCGGCGGAAGCGCAAGAAAGCCCGCACGGCGCAAGGAACCGUCCACCUGAAUUGGCAGGACCCUGUGGCUGUCCUCCGUGUUGCAACCCGACGGAUCUUGACCGAAUUCUUUCGGUUUUGUCUUCGUCUCCGCACGGGAAAGGACGGACGAAAGCUACCGGGUAUUGGCAAGCUCAGUAGUCUUGGACAGGACUGGAAGAGCUUUCUUCGUUACUAUGAAGCGGCAACUGGAGUGCCUUUGGACGAGGAGCUGGGUAGAAAAAUGAACAAGCGUUUGCGGAAAUUAGCCCUAACGGAGUUCGAGCUGGACACCGACGAGAAGGAGAAAACACCGAUGUAUAUCGAAGAUCUUGUGCCGCUCCAGGAAACGGUCUUACGAACCCAGGAAAAGCGGUUCUGGCUCGGUCUACAACGCAUCCAACAAUGUCUUUACAAUGUUUUGGCAUGUUUUACAGUCAAUCGGAUCGACGCCAUGCGAAAUCUCCAAUAUAAACAUCUACAGUGCUCCAUGCAGCGAGAUCCUCGGGGCGGACCGCCUAUUAUCUUGCUGGAGAUCACGAAUAAAUUCGCUAAGAAGUAUUUGGGGGUAACACAAGCAAACACUUUUCCGAUCCCUGAGAUUAUCUAUGAUCCCUCUUUGAUGCUCAGCCCGCACUCGUUCCUCUUGGGCAUGCUCCUCCGUAACCAAGCGUUUAGAGCUCCGAAUCUCAGAUCUAUGGAAGAUCUCCGUCGUCUCUUCAUCGGGAAGGGGCGCCAGCAGCUGCCCCUUCCGUUGAAACCGGAAAUGGCCAACUACUAUGUAUUCUGCCGUGUAGAAGCGAAGCGCGGCAAAGUCACUGUGAACCCGAAAUUGCCGAUCUCGAGGGCCACGCUCACAAAGCAGAUCCGAGACUUUGGGGAGAUCGCUGGGUUUCCAUGGGCUGUAUUUACACAUCGGUUUCGUUAUGGUGGCGGCACCAUUAUGAAUGCUAGCGGCCUGGUCAGCGAUGCAAAGCAAAACCUGAUCAUGAAGCACCGCGAUUCCCGGACCUUUCUCAACCACUAUCUUCCGAGACGGGUUGACGUUGACAUGCAAGCCCUGAUGCGAGGUCUUGAACCUGACUCGGAGCUGAUGCGAGCAAUCACGCGCAUGGGACGCUGGAUGGAUCCGCGGAGGCCGCGUGAACUCACAGACGAGCAGAAGGCUUCGGUGGAGGACGAACCAGAGCUGAUUAAGGCUAUCGAGAAACGAGACCGACUAGCGCUGGAGUUGCAAUCUCAGUCGAAGAAGGACGAGGACCAAUUCGCAAAGCUAGCGCGACUCAAGAGAGCCGUGACCAAUACUCGUAACCGCCUCCUAUACGCCCUGCGCUCUCGCGUCCGGCGGGACUUCGAUGAUGAGCAAGCAGUCAUCGACAUCGAGCAGCAGCUUGCUGGCACUGCCAUCGCCGACGACGAGACCAAGGAGAGGCUCAAGAACGAGGACCGAAUGCCUCCGGAACUGGUCACUCUCAAUGAGAAGCUGAUGACGUGGCCGACGUCCGACUCGAUUGAGGCGGAGUGGCGACGCCGGAACGAGGCGGUGGAGGCGGUGCGUGUCUACUGCGAUGUCCUCGAAGGUGGCCCGCCUCGAGGGAGGCGUCCCCAGGCUGUGAACUACGUCGAGGAAGAUGUUGUGAUGGAAGACGCGCCAGUGACGUCGGUCACUGCCCUUUCUGAGCGAGACCGGUCCUUCCAAGCUGCUAAGGAGCACAUUCAGACGGCGUCUGAGCCGUUGUGCUGUUUUCAGUGUUUUGCUGAUCCAGGCCAAGCGGACAGCCGGCGUCUCAAGCAUUACCCCUACCACCGAAAUCUGGUGCGCCAUUUCCGAGACUGGCAUCUGGAUGAACGUCGGUGUAAUUUCUGCGGAGAUCAGGCAGGAGAUUUCCUCCAGGAGAUGCAUUGGAAGGCCCAUGUCUGUAAUACCCACCGCCUGCUGAAAUGUAGGUGA